ACGGUUUUGAUCCUCUCGAACACGGCCAAUGUCUUCCUUAUACUUCUUCUGCCUCGACCAAUAGCAUCAAGAGGUACCCUCAAAGCUUGUUGUUUAGUAGACUGCUAGCUAAAUAAGUAGCACCAAAGAAGCUGAGCUGGUUUCUCCCAUCGACGGUUUGAUUGAAAAAACUCUUUGGGUCUGGAGAUAGGCGUUGUCCGUGUGACUGGGACUACUGACACGGAAGAAGAGGGAUGUGUUGCAAUACGAAAGAAGACCACCACCGGCUCCUCUUUGUUCAUUAGCUAGCUAAGUUCGCUAACUAGCUGCUAGCCAGCUAAGCUGAUGGAGUUCCUUCCUGUCCUGUUGAGUAUACGCCUGAUUAUAGACUGGGAAAUCACGCUAGUGAACAGAAGAGGAGCUUCGUGUGUGAUUCAAAGUAUAUGGACAUAGCUACUGUUAGAUAGCUAACAAGCUAGUUACACCUACAGAUGUCAAUUGUCAACUAUCUCUAACGUACCCAGUGGUUCUCUCGUGAGGCUCGCUAAUUAUUGAUCCUGCCAGGGGUAACAUGCCAAGUAACCUGAUAAUUAUUUCCAGUCUUGGUAUAGUUUUAUGUAACACGUUGUUGUCAAUUAGCUAUUUUGACAACUAGUUUGACAGCUAAACCCAUCAACUGUAGUGGAGACAACCAGUUGUCAACUCUCUGAACUCUUGUGCUUGUCCAUGAGGCCACCCCAUGCACGUUCCGGGAGAAGAAAUGCAUUGGACUAUGAUUUUUCAGGGACGUCAUUGAGAGCACAGGAACAGCCACUUGUGUACAGACGUGUCAAAUAUUAAAUGGGCGCAAAGCUGUUUUGCUGGCCACAGGGUUCUCCUGGCAUUUCCAUGAUGCUGAGAGCCCUACUGCUCACAAGCCUUCUUAGCUGGGCCAAUGGCCAGGAAGGUCAGGCCAUGUUACCUGAAGAAAAGACCAAAAUCAGGGACCAGAUCGUUGAGAUGUUCGAUCAUGCCUAUGGCAGCUAUAUGAAAUAUGCAUACCCAGCGGACGAGCUGAUGCCCCUGAGCUGCAGGGGGAGGGUGCGUGGCCUGGAGCCAAACAGGGGAGACAUCGAUGACUCUUUGGGGAAGUUCUCCCUCACACUGAUCGACACCCUGGAUACUCUGGUGGUGUUGAACAAGCUGGACGAGUUUGAGGAUGCAGUGAGGAGGACAUUGAGGGAUGUCAGGCUGGACAACGAUGUGGUGGUGUCUGUGUUUGAGACCAACAUCCGAGUCCUGGGGGGACUGCUGGGGGCGCAUGUGAUGGCGGACAUGCUCCGUCAGCGGGGGGAGAGGAUGCAGUGGUACGGAGAUGAGCUGCUCCACAUGGCCAAGGAGCUGGGCCACAGACUGCUCCCUGCCUUUAACACCACCAGUGGCCUUCCCUACCCCAGGGUAAACCUGAGGUACGGUGUCCUUAAUCCCCUGUCACGCACAGGCACUGAGUCGGACACCUGUACAGCCUGUGCAGGGACCAUGAUUCUAGAGUUUGCUGCUCUCAGUCGGCUGUCUGGGGAGGCUGUGUUCGAGGAGAAUGCUAGGAAAGCACUGGACGUCCUGUGGGAGAAGAGACAGAGAGGAAGUGACCUUGUGGGCACAGUCAUUAAUAUCCACAAUGGAGACUGGGUACGCAGGGACAGUGGUGUGGGUGCUGGCAUUGACUCCUACUAUGAGUACCUGAUGAAGGCUUACGUUCUACUGGGAGACAACGUUUACUUGGAGAGGUUCAACACUCAUUACAGCGCCAUCAUGAAGUACAUCAGCCAGCCUCCGCUGCUGCUCAACGUGCACAUGCACAACCCCACGGUGAGCGUCCGCAGCUGGAUGGACUCCCUACUCGCGUUCUUCCCCGGCCUGCAGGUUCUGAGAGGAGACUUAAAGCCAGCCAUAGAGACCCAUGAGAUGCUCUACCAAGUCACCAAGCAGCACAAGUUUCUCCCCGAGGCUUUCACCACCGAGUUCAGAGUUCACUGGGGUCAACACCCUCUGAGGCCAGAGUUUGCAGAAAGCACCUACUACCUCUACAAGGCCACAGGCGAUCCGUACUACCUCAGGGUGGGCCAGUCCAUAGUGGAGAAGCUCAAUGCCCAUGCCAGGGUGCCUUGUGGAUUUGCAGCUGUGCAGGACGUCCGCACAGGGGCCCACGAGGACAGGAUGGACUCGUUCUUCCUGGCGGAGAUGUUUAAGUACCUGUACCUUCUGUUCUCUGAGAAGAACCAGCUUCACUUUGACAUCGAUGACUACAUCUUCACCACCGAGGCCCACCUGCUGCCUGUCUCCCUGUCCACUUCACAGCCCCCCUGUCGGGGCAACAACACGGAAGCGUGCCACUGCCGUGGAGGAGGACCUGUUUACCUACUCCUGCCCCAGCACCCAGACCCUGUUUCCCAACAACCCCUCCUUCGCCAAGACCAUCAGGGACAGCUACAAGUACCUGACUGGGGUGGGCCGGGCCUUCCACGCUUCGCCUGUCAGGUUUGUGUGGGCAUCGAGCUGCCACUUCACGACCACGGUAUGGAGCCUGUGGAGUUUCUGAAGAGCAUGGGCAUCUCCCUCACCCCACUGAACGAGGCUGGGGACACAGGGACACAGGGGGUAAGAAGGGAGGCACAUAAAGGUGUUUACAGGGUGAAACUGGUGGCAGAGGUGACCCAGACCACAGAGGAGGAAGAAGUAGAGCCCCUCGUCGUUCAGCUCAUAUCCCCCCCGUUUCUGGGUAGAACGGUCCUAACUGCAGGACCAGCCAAGUUUGGAAUGGACCUUACCAAGCAGGAGCACGGGGUGAAGGGCAGCAUCGUGAAGACCUCCCCCUACACAGCGUGUGGUCCCAUAGAGAAUGCUGAGGAGCUGAGCGGGCACAUUGCCCUGGCACUGCGUGGCGACUGCAUGUUUGCUGCCAAGGCCCACAGGCUACAGGAGGCUGGGGCUAUCGGAGUCAUCUUCAUAGACCACCGGGAGGGGAGUAACAGCGCAGACACGCCCCUGUUCCAGAUGGUGGGAGACGGAGCGUCCAGGGCUGACAUCACCAUCCCCCUGGUGUUCCUAUUCAGCCAGGAGGGGGCGCUGCUCACCUCUGCUCUGGAGGACCACAGCAACGUAGACGUACUGAUGCUGCCCAAAGAGAGACAGCUAGGUAAGACAACAGACAAAACAGACAAGCCCCUGGGGAAGAUGAACAUCAAGUUCCGCCUGGCGGAAGAGGGGGAGCUGGGGGAGGGGGAGGCCAGAGGCACCACCCUGCAGUUUUUCCUGGAGAAGGGAGAGGUAGUGUUGGAGGAAGAGGAGUACAAACAGCAAGCAGACAGCUGCUUAACACCUGGAGACGAUCAUAUGCCAUGUUCCUACGGACAAACUGCUGCCUCGCCCCCCUCCCACAGCCCCAACGACCCCAAUACAGACCCCUGAUCUCAGAACAGUCAGGUUCCUCAACACCCUUCCACUGACCAAGGGCCUGGGCUCCCCAGCACUGAUCCCUAAUCAGUGUCCAGAGGCACGUUGCUGUGCCAGAGAGAGCCCUCUCUGCCCUUCUGCACGCUCUGGACUGGACUGAUAGUUUUAACCAAGAGGGGAGCAUAGCAGUGUGACAGUCAAUCCCACUGACUGACUCACUACCCCUUCUAAAACCUGACGGUGGUCUCGUAUAGUUGAUAGUUAUUGGAACUGCAGUAUGUAUUAAUGUAUAGGAAGGGAUGGGCAUUGCUACACAAAUAUAGCUAGUUAGUCUUACCUUGCUACUGUAGCCGCAAGCCUCAUCCCCAGUUGUAUUGUGUUGAUGACAUAGAUUUAGUCAGAUGAUUGUAGGCGAGAAUUGAUGACUUGCACAUUUCAGAGAAAUAGCUGAGGUAAGCAUAGGAGGGGAUAUUGGGCUGCUAAAGGGCACCUUUGUCUGAGGCCUUGUGUUUGAGUCUGUGUUGAGCUGCUGCAAUGUCAAGGGGAUCGCUAUACUGUCCCCUGUAACAAGAUGGUGUCCUGUCAAUUCAGUGACGUGUGUGUGUGUGUGUGUGUGUGUGUUAAUUUACAGUGUAGCUAGUAGUGUUGUUUGAAGAUGAAUAGGUGAGGAAUGGGCUCUCCUGACCAAAGGGAUGUGUGAUCACUCACAAGAAUGCUUUUAGACAAAGGAUAAGGGGCCAGUUUGGGUGAACCGAUGAGUUCAUUCUUAUUUAUAUUGUACUGGUAGCUACAUCAGGGAAAUUUAAGAGUGAAAAAGACUUGAAUGUGUGUGAUCAUUACUACACUACCGAAUCAAGACCUUUUAUCGACCUUAGUCAUGCAUAUUUCAUUUUUCAAAUGUCAGUUGGUUAGGUAAAUACAAUAUAUCGGUCCGAUUUCCACUGUUUUGGUCCCGUAUAUAUACCAUGUUGUAACAGCAUGAAGCGCACCCGUGCUCAUGCGCAGAUACUGUGUGAGGAGAAAGUCUUGCACUGCACUUAUCAUCAUUUUUGCAGAGCUGCUCGUGGCAAUGUCAUGACGCUGAGUCUACCUUUUAAGUUGUCUACACUGCCUCCUAGGUCUUUUCCUCUAGGUUGGUACUCUGCCUAUCUUCACCAUUGCCCCUGUGCCACCAGAGUCCUAUAGUGCCAUGCACUUCAGCACACAGGCAUCUUCCUCCUAGAGCUAUCAUCAUGGCCGGAGCAUGCACCCAGGGACUGCUUCCCAAGCAGCUCACAGCACAUCAAACACACAGUCUGUCUGUGUUUUUGUUUGGUGUCUUCUCAUUUCAAACAGCCUUUGUAUGAUUGUGUGUGGACAGUGUAAGAACAUCAGACUGUUCUUAUUUGUCUCUUUCCAUUCAUCUUUCUUUUUCCGUAUGAUAUUACCUGGGCAUGAGUGUGUGUGUACUAAGAACAGUUAAGAUGCAGCAGCCAUAACAUUUCAAUUUGUAUGAUCAGAUGCAGUCACUCACAUCGGCGUAUUGUGUCAUUCAUUCCUGAGUCUCAAUAUUGAUCUGCCAAAUGUUUAAUCAUUUUUGCAUGGGUUUUAUAUUACAUGUAUUUUAAGGUGUAAAAGUGGUUUAUAUACCCAUGAUCCCUGUGGAAACAUGGGAAUGUUUUGUAUAGAGAAGCAGUGUUUUGUCAUGACAGAAUAUAUGAUUUCUUCACAGUUAACAUUAGUGUAGUAGACCUCCCAUUGUUGCUGCUCACUUCAUUUGAAGUCUUAAUCCAACAUGGCCGCCUAUAUACAGUACUUGUGUAUUUCAAGGCAAAGUCAAUCUGUAUCUGGCCUCUAUGACCAUUACUGUUCACUCAGAGAGGAAAGGGACAUAAAAAAUUAGUUGUAUUUUGGGGUAUUUAUUAUGGACAUUUUAUUUGCCUUUUGGAAAUGUUGACCGAUAGGGAUAACUGUAGCUCCAAAAAGUGCCAAAGUGAUUAUUUCUGAUCGCAGUAUCAGAUUCUAAUGUACUUUGUUUUUUGAGAAGUAUUAUUUGAGAGCUGAAGCGACCUGAUCUUUUCAAUAAAUUAAGAAUCAUGA